GCGACUCCGCGCCCAGGUUUCGGUGCGUGUGGCGGGUCGCGCCCUGCGCGGAAGUCGGCGGGCAACGACGAUCUGCCCGGGGUGUCGCGCCCGGCUGCAGCCGCACUCCGGGUGGCCACCGACGCGUGUCCGCCGCCGACUCUCCGCAGAGGCAUCUUAGGCGGGGAGAAGCUGAAGCUCUGCAGGACCCCCGUCCGCCCCGAGACAGUCCAGCCGCGGGGACUUUCUCCGGCUAGACCUCCUCUUGGGUGCUGAAGUCACAACCCCAGCGAGUCCUCUCUCCUCCCACGCCUCCGUCUGCCUUCCAGACCGCGGGAGCCCAAGGCGCAGAGGGCCGGGAACGAGACGUCAGUGGAGGAUGAAGAACUAGCCUUGGGACCCUUGGAAGAUGAGGCAGACGCCCCUGCUGCAGCUGGCGUUACUUCUCUCCCUGCCCAGGAACCUGGGGGGGAAAGGGUGUCCAUCUCCACCCUGCGAGUGUCACCAGGAAGAUGACUUCAGAGUCACCUGCAAGGAUAUUCACCGUAUCCCCAGCCUACCGCCCAGCACGCAGACUCUGAAAUUUAUAGAGACUCAUCUGAAAACCAUUCCCAGUCGUGCAUUUUCAAAUCUGCCCAAUAUUUCCAGGAUCUAUUUGUCAAUAGAUGCAACUCUGCAGCGACUGGAAUCACAUUCCUUCUACAAUUUGAGUAAAAUGACUCACAUAGAGAUUCGGAAUACCAGAAGCUUAACUUACAUCGAUCCUGGUGCCCUAAAAGAGCUCCCCCUCCUGAAGUUCCUUGGCAUUUUCAACACUGGACUUGGAGUAUUCCCUGACCUGACCAAAGUUUAUUCUACUGAUGUAUUCUUUAUACUUGAAAUUACAGACAACCCUUACAUGACGUCCAUCCCUGCGAAUGCUUUUCAGGGACUAUGCAAUGAAACCUUGACACUGAAACUAUACAACAAUGGCUUUACUUCAAUCCAAGGACAUGCUUUCAAUGGCACAAAGCUGGAUGCUGUUUACCUGAACAAGAAUAAGUACUUGACAGCUAUUGACCAAGAUGCAUUUGGAGGAGUAUACAGUGGACCAACCUUGCUGGACGUCUCUUACACCAGUGUCACUGCCCUGCCAUCCAAAGGCCUGGAGCACCUGAAGGAAUUGAUAGCAAGAAACACUUGGACUCUAAAGAAACUUCCACUUACCUUGAGUUUCCUUCACCUCACACGGGCUGACCUUUCUUAUCCAAGCCACUGCUGUGCUUUUAAGAAUCAGAAGAAAAUCAGAGGAAUCCUUGAGUCCUUCAUGUGUAAUGACAGCAGUAUUCGGAGCCUGCGUCAGAGAAAAUCUGUGAAUGCUUUGAAUGGUCCCUUCGACCAGGAAUAUGAAGAGUAUCUAGGUGACAGCCAUGCUGGAUACAAGGACAACUCUAAGUUCCAGGAUACUCGCAGCAACUCUCAUUAUUAUGUCUUCUUUGAAGAACAAGACGAGAUCCUUGGUUUUGGCCAGGAGCUUAAAAACCCACAAGAAGAGACCCUACAGGCCUUCGAUAGCCAUUAUGACUACACUGUUUGUGGAGGCAAUGAAGACAUGGUGUGUACUCCCAAGUCAGAUGAGUUCAACCCCUGUGAAGACAUAAUGGGCUACAAGUUCCUGAGGAUUGUGGUGUGGUUUGUUAGUCUGCUGGCUCUCCUGGGCAAUGUCUUUGUCCUGAUCAUCCUCCUUACCAGCCACUACAAACUGACUGUCCCACGCUUUCUCAUGUGCAACUUGGCCUUUGCAGAUUUCUGCAUGGGAAUGUAUCUGCUCCUCAUUGCCUCUGUAGACCUCUACACUCAUUCUGAGUACUACAACCAUGCCAUUGACUGGCAGACAGGCCCUGGAUGCAAUGCGGCUGGUUUCUUCACUGUCUUUGCCAGUGAAUUGUCAGUGUAUACACUGACAGUCAUCACUCUGGAGCGCUGGUAUGCCAUUACCUUCGCCAUGCGCCUGGACCGGAAGAUGCGCCUCAGGCACGCAUAUGCCAUCAUGGUUGGGGGCUGGGUUUGCUGCUUCCUGCUGGCCCUGCUCCCUUUGGUGGGAAUAAGCAGCUAUGCCAAGGUCAGCAUCUGCCUGCCCAUGGACACUGAGACACCUCUUGCCCUGGCAUAUAUUAUCCUUGUUCUGUUGCUCAACAUAGUCGCCUUUAUCAUUGUCUGCUCCUGUUACGUGAAGAUCUACAUCACAGUCCGAAAUCCCCAGUACAACACCGGGGACAAAGACACCAAAAUUGCGAAAAGGAUGGCUGUGUUGAUCUUCACUGACUUCAUGUGCAUGGCUCCAAUCUCAUUCUAUGCUCUGUCAGCACUUAUGAACAAGCCUCUCAUCACUGUUACCAACUCCAAAAUCUUGCUAGUUCUCUUCUAUCCACUUAACUCCUGUGCCAAUCCAUUUCUCUAUGCUAUUUUCACAAAAACCUUCCAGAGGGAUGUAUUUAUCCUGCUCAGCAAGUUUGGCAUCUGUAAACGCCAGGCUCAGGCAUACCGAGGCCAGAGGGUUUCUCCAAAGAAUAGCACUGGUAUUCAGGUCCAAAAGGUUACCCGGAACAUGAGGCAAAGUCUCCCCAACAUGCAGGAUGACUAUGAACUGCUUGAAAACUCCCAUCUAACCCCAAAUAAGCAGAGCCACAUCUCAAAAGAGCAUAAUCAAACAGUUUUGUAAGCUGUCCCUACACUAGCCGCAGUGGUAUGGGACUUAUAAAAGGCUGGUUUCUUGAACAUGUAUUCCUAACCCAUUACAUACACAAGAUGACUGACCUAACCCUUGUGCAGGUGAUGUUUCAUGGGGCAAAAUUUCAUCUCUGGAGAGAGGUAGCAUUAACCUAAUCAUCUCCCAGAAGGAAGAGAAGCUACCAGCACGUCUGAAUCCCAGGUGAUAUCAAAAUAACUGACACUUUCUAGAAGACUUGCUUGAUGCUAACUGCAGUGACAACAUUGUGUAAGAUGCUCAACAAAUAUCAACUGAACUAGGUCAACACUGAGCUUCUCACUUUUAGAUAGAGUUUCAUACUGAAGAUUCAGCAAAUGGCAAAUGCUAUUAACUUAGCUGGUGACCACAAUAUAAAAUUAGCUUUAUGUUGGCUUGGUCCAUUUUCACAUUCCCUGAUACAACCAAAGAGAAUGUGAAUUCCUCAAAACUGAAAAGUCAAACAGGAUACAGGAGCAGCUAUUAUGAGGUGAAGGAGGGGAAAGGCUUAGCUUUGUUUUUUCAGACUCUGAAACUACUAAUCAUCUCUUCACAAGAAUCUACCUGAUGUGACCCAACUGUUAUGUGUUGCCCAGAAAAAAACUGGCAAUUUCAGUUUUUAUGUGGCUGAGCAAACUAAGAAUUGUUCUUCUUGGCUAGUCCCAUAGCAUAAAAGACGUGAACUCUAGAAAUAUUUCUAAGCAGCAGCAAGUGGGAAUUAUGAGCAGAGCACACUAAAUCACCCAGUGAUUAACAAAGCAGGCUGGAUGCGAGGUAACUGCUGGACCUUGUGCAAAUCACUGGGCCACCUCUAAGUCUGUAGAAAUGAAGGAGCCUAGGGCACCUUGUGACUCAGUUGGUUAAGCAUCCAACAUUUUGAUCUCGGCUCAGGUCAUGAUCUCACAGUUCCUGAGUUCAAUCCCCACACUGGGCUCUGCACUGACAA